GCCCAGCUCGCAAGUGGUCGCUGUAGGUGGCUGUGCGCCCGCCUGCCAGCCCUCGGGCCCGACGCGUGCGGGAUCAAAGCGGCCGGGAAGGGGCGGGGAGGGGAGGUGGCAGGAACCUGGAGGUGUGAGCGAGCUUCCCAGGGGAUGGCAGGAGCGUGGGAGCGCAGAGUCCCGGGACGCGACAGAGACUCGGAGAGACGACGAGAGAUACCAGAGACUCUAAAGAGCCAGAGGCGGAGAUGCAGACGCCAAGAGACCGGAGAGACGCGGACUCAGAGAUGCGAAGACACGAGACCACUGAGACCCAGAGAGACCCAGGGCUGAAGCUUCUGGAGACCUUGAAAGAACGUGAGUGAUACAGAGAUGGAGAAGCUAAGAGGCACUCAGAGACCCGGAAAGGCGGCGACACAAGAAAGACCCAGACCCACAGACUUAAGAAAAGGAAGCGUACUUGAGAGAGAACGGAAAAUAACAGAGGAAGACAGGUGAGGAAAGAAAACGAGACUGCUGCAUUGGCCGGGAAUCGAACCCGGGCCUCCCGCGUGGCAGGCGAGAAUUCUACCACUGAACCACCAAUGCGCGGCUUGUUGGGCUUGUCACGAUCCAUCUAAAGUUGUAAGAGGUUGAGGAGAACCCGGCUAGGCAACGGCGGAGGAGGCCAGGGAACUGGUCCCGAAUGGUUGACGUGGGUGGAGCGCCAGGUCAUUCUUCCUCCCGUCCAGAUCCGGCCACCGGGCCAUAAAGCUGCCCCAUAUGGCCAGGGGCGGCCCCACACCCGGGUGCGAACAGCCCGGGCCCCCCAGCCUCGCGUGCAGUAAAACUGCCUGCUCCCUGCUACCCUCCCGUCACUAGGGACCUCCAGCAGCAAGCAGUGCGGGCACACUUGCGUGAGGUAUGCCAUCAGUCACACUCCUGAAUCUCCUACGACUAGUUUUGAAUCAAAUACUUGUAAGUGGAUAGACCUCUCUACUCUUUGUCUGUGAUUCAAAGACUUGCGUCCUCUGCCUUGAAGUUCCCCCCUCAGUCCAGCCAUUCUCAAGGAGAUCUUUUCCCGGAGCACAUACUUCACUGGGCUUCUGUAAUAGCUACUUCAUGUCACAUGGUCUUUUCCACUAGAUCCUGCAGGGAUAAGCUGGGUCUGUCCUGCAUAACUCACUGUGACUCGCCCAAGCCUAGGCUAGUACCCUGUCCGCACAGUGAGAGCGCAGAUGUAUGGGGACUUGAAUGUAACUAACUUAGAACAGAGCGCCUCUCCCACCUUCCGGGAGAGCUUCGGUUGAGUCGGACGGAUUCACCCAGCACACUCGGGUUGCUCCCUGUCUCGACUAGGAAGCGAACUUCGGAGAAGAUGUAUAAACUUCAGCCUGGGGGCCGACAGGUGCUGACUUCUGUUUCAGGGUUAGUGAGGGUACAGUAAGCCUCCAAGAAAGCUACAAUUCUGGAGGAACUCUGAAUAUCAUCCCCAAGCGAGCUCUGCCCCUAAUAGCCUCCUCUCUUCAGCUGGGUCCUGCCUCCUUAUACAGCCUUACGGUCCGUAACCAGCCAGUGCCCCCUUUCGCUUCUCACUUCCCACACUCCCAGGCCAGUUUCUCUCCUUCCCCUCCCCCCUUCACUCCUCCUCUUUCCGGGAGCCUCGUGCCGGGUCCUAGAAGGGCAGAAUCCGGGUGUCGAAGGGGGCGGGGUCGGGUCCUAUCCCUCCUACUCUGGCGCCGCGGAAUAUAAGACUCCAGGCGAGCAGGGACCCGGUCCACACGAGGGUCCGGAGGAGCAAUGGUCACCCGGGAUCGAGCUGAGAACAGGGACGGCCCCAAGGUGAGAUGCGGGAGGGGAUGGAGCAGAAGUCCCUGGUUUGGCCAGGGGACCGGGGCCCUGACGCCAUCGGUCUGGAGAGAGGCUGGGGACGCAGGGCUGGAAGGAGAGCAGUGCUCCAGGACUCCAGGAGCUAGGAGCUGCAGAGAAAGCUGCAAAGUAUGAAGAAGGGGACAGGGGUCAGAGCCAGACCUGAGUGGGCGGCGGAAACAGAGGUCUAGGGGCCACGGUGAUGGGGAUCAGCAUCUUGUGGCCUGGAGGGCGUGGGAGGGGGCCGGUGUUGGAGUAAAAUAAGCAAGUAGAGGGCAGAGCCAAGGGAGGAGGGUGGGAACGAAAAGAGAAGAGGAUAGGCACUUGCUUUACGCUGGUUAUGAGCCAGGAGGGGCUGGCCCAAGGCGGUCUUGUAGAGAAGGCCCCGGGGCAUUGGUUCCAGAGGCCCCAGACUGAUGGAAGAUUUUAGGAGAACCAGUCGAGAAGGAUGACGGCCUAGACGGUUUUGAGGGAGAAGAGGAGGCACAGUCGCGCUAGGUAUCUCCCUUUCUAUACUCAGCGCCGCCAGCUCUGAGCCCGGCAUCGUGCGGCCCACGUGCCUGCGCGCAGAGGGUCCCCAAAGUUCUCCACUGAGACAGAGAGAGAUUGCCCGAGACCGAGACGUAGAGAGGAAAGAGGAGAGACACAGAGAGGGGAGGAGGGAGGACGAGACUGAGAGAGGAGAAUGCGAAGACUCGGGGAGGCGAGCUACAGAAACUGAUCUGAUCUAGGGGCAUUGGGAGGGGGAGCGGAGAGGGAUUGAAUGGAGCCGGCCCUAGGCAAUCUGGGGUAUGGGGGUCGGGGUGGAAGCCGGGCUCUCCCAGCGGCGGGAUCCGACGCCGGCGCGGCUGCGCUGAGUCUCGGUCGGGUCGGCCCGCUCUCCUUUUCCCGCUGGUCCCAGAUGCUGAAGCCGCUUGUGGAGAAGCGGCGCCGGGACCGCAUCAACCGCAGCCUGGAAGAGCUGAGGCUGCUGCUGCUGGAGCGGACCCGGGACCAGAACCUCCGGAACCCGAAGCUGGAGAAAGCGGAGAUACUGGAGUUCGCCGUGGGCUACUUGAGGGAGCGAAGCCGGGUGGAGCCCCCGGGGGUUCCCCGGUCCCCAGUCCAGGACGUCGAGGCGCUCGCCAGCUGCUACUUGUCCGGUUUCCGCGAAUGCCUGCUUCGCUUGGCGGCCUUCGCGCACGACGCCAGCCCGGCAGCCCGCGCCCAGCUCUUCUCCGCGCUGCAUGGCUACCUGCGCCCCAAACCGCCCCGGCCCGAGCCGGUAGAUCCGAGGCCUCCAGCGCCUCGCCCAUCCCUGGACCCCGCCGCACCGGCCCUUGGCCCCGCGCUGCACCAGCGCCCCCCAGUGCAUCAGGGCCCCCCUAGCCCGCGCUGCGCAUGGUCCCCAUCCCUCUGCUCCCCCCGCGCCGGGGAUUCUGGCGCGCCGGCGCCCCUCACCGGACUGCUGCCGCCGCCACCACCGCCGCCUCACAGACAAGACGGGGCGCCCAAGGCCCCGCCGCCCCCGCCGCCCGCUUUCUGGAGACCUUGGCCCUGAGCCUUGGGGGUGUGGGGGUGUGGGGUCUAGGGGUGGAGUAGAGACUCCAGCCCGAGGGCAGCAGAGGGACCCGGGCGUCCGGAAGAGCAGGAGGGCGGCGGGGCGCGCGGGCUCAGCGCGCGAGUGAGAUGUGGUCUAUAUUAGAGUGUCUAUAUAAAUAUAUAUUUCCCUGGUUCCUGUCCCUUUUCCCUGCCCUAACUUCUCCCUUGCGUCUAGGAUUGUACUCUCUCUGCCCCCAGCCCAGUCCUAGUCCCUUCCCGAGUCCCUAGUGCAUGGAAUAAAGUGGUUAUUAAAUCCCCGUGUGUCCCGGAGCCAGGGGCCUGCCUUUAUCUCGACGUCCACGCCCACUUUCCCUUCCCUUCUGUCUCCCACCCUCAGUCCUGCUCUCCAUGGCCCAAGCCCCGGGGCAGACAGGUAAGUAAAGAAGAGAGCAGAGGGGGGACUGAGAUCGAAAUUGAAACCAGGUGGAAAAAGAGAGAGAUAGGGUAGGGGGAGAAGGGAUGGCGGCCUUUGAGCAAAAAACGGAAAAAAAAGAAAAAUUGAAAUAAAAUCGACUCUGGUGGGAUUCGAACCCACAACCUUUGAAUUGCUCCAUUCGUCACUAGAAGUCCAAUGCGCUAUCCAUUGCGCCACAGAGCCAACCGGCAGUCGGCGGCGUUUUGUAGCUUACGGGUACUAGAAUAGGAAAGGGCAGGGUGGGGGAGUGGGGGUAAGGGACUUGGGUGGGACGUGCCAGGAGCGCGCGGUUUGGAUCUCAGAGGCCAAACCAGGUAGAGGUAGCGAGCGCAAAGCAGGUUAGCCAGGUGAAAGAGAGGGCGCAUAUAGGUCGAAAAAAUAGGGAGGUAGAGCACCCGAAAAUGAGUGAGCGAGCGAGUGUAGAGCUCCGGCUGCCCACUUGGGGGGGUGCUUCCGGCUCAGGCGCACCCCACUCCCAGAUGUAGUCUCACCCAAAUAAACUAGUUUUGUUGUAAA